AUGUCGUUGGUUUCGGGAGAGAAGACGAACUUCCAGUUCAUCUUGCGUCUCCUCAACACGAACGUUAAGGGUGAGGAGAAGGUCAUGUACGCCCUGACCCGCAUCAAGGGUGUCGGACGUCGUUACUCCAACUUGGUCUGCAAGAAGGCCGAUGUCGACCUGAACAAGCGCGCCGGUGAGCUCACCUCGGAAGAGCUCGAGCGAAUUGUCACCAUCAUCCAGAACCCCACCCAGUACAAGAUCCCCGCCUGGUUCCUCAACAGACAGCGCGACAUUGUCGACGGCAAGAACUACCAGGUUCUCGCCAACGGUGUCGACUCCAAGCUCCGUGACGAUCUCGAGCGCCUCAAGAAGAUCCGCGCUCACCGUGGUCUCCGUCACUACUGGGGUCUCCGUGUGCGUGGUCAGCACACCAAGACUACCGGCCGUCGCGGCAGGACUGUCGGUGUCUCCAAGAAGAAGGGUGGUUAA